AUGUCUGUAUUUCUCAGUAACUUAACAAAUGACUCUAGUCUAUGGAAAGAAAAUCAUAAUUCCACCGAUCUUUCAAAUCCACCAGGAACUCUGAACGUCUACCUUUUUUGCCUGACAUGCUUAAUGACUCUCGCAGCCCUGGCAGGCAGCAUCUAUUCACUAGUUUCCCUGCUGAAAACGCAGAACAGAACUGUUGUGUCCAUGCUCGUGGCGUCCUGGUCUGGGGAUGAUCUCCUGAGCGUCCUGUCGGUGACCAUCUUCAUGUUUUUGCAGUGGCCAAACGAGGUCUUUGACUACUUCCAGUCUCUGUGCACCACCUCUGCCUUACUCUAUUUGUGCCAGGGCCUCUCGAGCAACUUGAAGGCGACUCUCCUAGUCUCCUACAACUUUUACACGAUGCACAGGACUGUAGGGAGCCAGGCAGCCUCCAGAAGAUCCAGCCAGGUGCUCGGCGUGGCCCUGACCGUGUGGGCAGCCAGCCUGCUGCUCUCCGCGCUCCCACUGUGCGGCUGGGGCGCCUUCGUGCGCACGCCCUGGGGCUGCCUGGCGGACUGCUCCAGCUCCUACGUGCUGCUGCUCUUCGCCGUGUACACUUCAGCCUUCGGACUGCUCGCCGGCCUCUCGGUCCCGCUCAUUCACCAGCUGCUGUGCUCGGAGGAGCCGCUGAGACUCUAUGCCAACUACCAGGAGAUUUCCCGCGGCACGUCCACCCCCGGGACCCCUCCCACUGGGGAGAGAGUGCUUUCCCUGUGCCCAGAUGAUGCUCUGGGCUCUGCCUUGCGUCGCUUUGCGGGAUGCUCCCCGAGCUCAGACGCCGUGUUGGGGCCGGGGCCGCCCGGGAGGGUGGAGCAGGAGCGCGGGCCGGGGCGCAGCGCCGCCGCUGGGGCUGGAGCCUGCAGGCGUGAGGACCCGGGGACUCUCUAUGGCAGCAGGAGCUUCACCGCGAGCACAGCACAGAAGCGCUUCUCUUUGAUCCUAGCGCUGACCAAAGUCAUCCUUUGGCUUCCCAUGAUGAUCCACAUGGUGGUCCAGCACGUGGUGGGUUUUCAGAGCCUUCCCUUCGAGUCACUCAGCUUUCUACUAACCCUGCUGGCCACCACCGUAACCCCCGUGUUUGUCUUGUCCAAACGCUGGACCCACUUGCCCUGUGGCUGCAUCAUCAACUGCAAGCGGGAUACCUAUGCAGUGGCAUCUGAUGGGGGAAAAACCAAGAGAAGCUGCUUUGAAUUCAAUCUAUCAUUUGAACAAAGUUAUGGAAUUUAUAAAAUAGCACAUGAAGAUUACUAUGGUGAUGAUGAAAAUUCUACAUCCUAUCACAAUCUCAUGAACUAUGAAUGCAAAACUCCAAAAGACUCUCAGAGAGACACUCCUAAUGUCUUCAGUGCCAUAAAAGUGGAAAUCAGCACUACACCCUCCCUGGACAGCUCUACACAGAAAGGCAUUAACAAGUAUACGAACACUGAUAUUAUAGAAGCUAAACAGGAUUCCCACAAUGAAAAGGGCAUUGAUCCACUGCUCUUUGAAAAAACAGGUGAUAUUCAAUAUGAAGAAACCACCUUUUUGGAAGGGCCAGAAAGAAGACUUUCUCAUGAGGAGAGUCAGAAACCAGACCUUUCAGACUGGGAAUGGUGUAGGAGUAAAUCCGAAAGAACUCCUCGUCAGCGUUCCGGUGGUGGACUUGCCAUUCCCUUGUGUGCAUUCCAGGGGAUGGUGUCUCUCCAGGCCCCCACAGGGAAAACACUAUCUCUUUCCACCUAUGAGGUAAGCACAGAAGGACAGAAAAUAACCCCAGCCUCUAAGAAAAUAGAAGUCUACCGAUCCAAAAGUGUUGGCCAUGAGCCAAACUCAGAAGAUUCUCCAUCCACAUUUGCGGACACCAGUGUAAAAAUACAUUUGGAGGUUCUUGAAAUUUGUGAUAAUGAAGAGGCCUUGGACACUGUGUCGAUCAUUAGCAACAUCAGCCAGUCCUCCACACAGGUCAGAUCUCCAUCCCUACGCUACUCACGGAAAGAAAACAGGUUUGUUUCAUGUGACUUAGGAGAAACAGCCUCGUAUUCUCUCUUUUUACCCACAAGUAAUCCUGAUGGCAAUAUCAACAUCUCCAUCCCAGACACCGUUGAAGCACACAGGCAGAACAGUAAAAGGCAGCAUCAAGAGAGGGAUGGCUACCAAGAGGAAAUCCAGUUGUUAAAUCAAGCUUACAGGAAAAGAGAGGAAGAAAGCAAGGGUAGCUAG